GUUUUAAGAUAACGAAAGUGUUGUGGCGCGCUUGUAAGAAAAAAACGGAAACAGGACGUUUUUUUUGUAUGACAUAAAGGGUGGCGGCCGGCUGAAAUAACGUGUGUUAUGUAAACAUUAACAGAUGUCCUGUGUAUCAAAUGCAGUGAAUUGGUAUUUUUUCUGUCCCUGAAAUAACGUUUGGAGCACAAUGACGUAACUUGUAGGUGGCUACGCCACGAGGAGAUCAGGCCUGUUAUUAGGGUGCACAGUGCAGCACCCAAGGAUCCACAACCCCCUCUCCCCUGACCAACCUGGCGGAAAUGUACCGCAGUGGGGAGAGGGACUUCCAGACGUCGGCGAGGAGGAUGGGCACCUCGCUGCUCUUCCAGCUGUCAGUGCACGAACGCGAGCUGGACCUUGUGUACCUGGACCACAGCUACGCCAAGCCCUGGAGCUCCCACCCAGAUGCCAGCAGUGCCCGGCCCACACGCAUGCUGUUUGUGACUCCACGGCGGCACCAGGAUACCUCUGUGGAGACGGACGCGGCCAUCGAUGUGGAAACCAUCACGCCCUCAGCCGUGCCACUGUACGACAACCAGAAGGCGCGCAGCGUCAUGAACGAGUGCGAGCGGCAUGUGCUGUUCGCCCGCACCGCGGCUGAUGCCCCCCCGCCCCCGGACGACUGGGAAGAGCACAUCAACAAGGUAGGCUGGUCCGUGGCUCAGAACAAACUCUUCAACAAGGUCCUAAAGGCACUGCAAGCUGAACGACAGGCCCGGCUGGCCAAUGAGGGGGCUUGUAACGAGCCGGUGCUGCGGCGGAUCGCAGUGGAUAAGUGUGCCCGGAAGGUGCGCCACGCCCUGGCUGCCGUCGGCUGGGAUACGAAGCUGACGCAGUGGCUCCACUGCACCCUAGUGGACGCGCUCAGUCUGGCGAUGCUCGCCGCCUACCUGGACGUCCUGCAGACUCUGAAGAGCAAGGUGCCCACGCUGAUUGACCGCAUGCUGCUGUCCUCCUCCGUAAAGACGGGGGCCACAGGGACAGAGGCCCUCUCCCUUCUCCUGAAGAGGCCUUGGGACCCCGCCGUGGGCGUGCUGUCCCAGAACAAGCCGAGCAAGCUUCCCGGCUCGCCCCUGAUCCUCAUCACUCCCUCUGGGCCCAGCAGUCCGGCCUUCUCCACCUCUCGCCGCCUCCGUUUCUGGCAGUCCCAGCUGUCCUGCCUAGGCAAGGUUAUUCCCAUCUCCACCCACCUGGUGAACAGCGGGACCAAUGUGGGCAUCACACAAUGCCUGGAGCACAUGGUCGGGGGCGUGCGGGCCAAGGUUCGAGAGGUUCACAGUCACUUCCCCCAUAAGCCCAUUGUUCUGGUGGGCUGGAACACCGGAGCGCUCAUCGCCUGCCAUGUAUCCCUGAUGGAGUACGUAACCGCGGUCGUGUGCCUUGGAUUCCCCCUGCUUACCAUCAACGGGCCCCGGGGGGAUGUGGACGACCCCCUGAUGGACAUGAAGACUCCGGUGCUCUUUGUGAUUGGUCAGAAGGCCCUGCAGUGCUCCACCGAGGCCAUGGAGGACUUCCGUGAGAAGCUGCGAGCAGACAACAGCAUGGUGGUUGUGGGGGGUGCGGACGACAACCUUCGGAUCAGCUCAACGAAGAUGAAGGCUGAGGGACUGACCCAGACCAUGGUGGAUCGCUGCAUCCAGGACGAGAUCGCCGACUUCCUGACGGGCGUGCUGACCAGGGCUGAGAGCCACGGGCACGGCAGCAUGGAGCCCGGGGACCUGGACACAGAGAAGCGCAAGAAGAAGAAACAGGCCCGAGAGAGCCGGCGCGAGCCGUCCUUCGAGCUGGAGCGGGGGCGCUCCUCGCAGGCCAGCCGCGUGCCCGUGUCCCCCUCGGGGUCGGAGGAUCUGUCCAGCGUGUCCAGCAGCCCAGCCUCCAGCCCCAAGCCGCGGGCCUCAGCUCUAUCCCCGGCACAGAAGUCCAGCCUCAUCACAGCCACACAGCUGCUCAAGACCCACGUGCAGCGAUCUGGAGGCCUUCUCACGCACCGGCAAGCUCAGGCUCAGUUUGCUGCUUUUAUGAAGCAGAAUCUGCUGAUGAGGAAGAGCCUCCCCACUGGCGCCCCCUCCUGCCUGCUGGUGCCGGUCUCCAGCGAGCAGGCCGAGGGUCUGGAGCACGACGAUCUGCGCACCCAUCUGAAGAGGAGAGCCAGCCCCAGUCCUACCCCCACCAAGGCCUCCAAAAGAGCCAAAAUCAAGGUCACCAUCCUUUCCCACGGCGAGACAGCUGGGGGAGCCGGCAUCUCCAAUGCUUCUGAGGCAGGAACACCAGGCAAAGCACUGAGCGGCGUUACACAGACUGUCCCUGGAGCCAGGGAGCUCUCCGGACUGCUCACCACACAGAGGUCUGGGGGGCUCUCGGAGGUGUCUGGGGCUCUGAGUCCUGGGGUGUCGCUGGGAGGGACCCCUGCCUCACACCAUAACCUGCUCCACGCACAGACCCCAGCGGGCAGCCAAGCGCCCUCUGCCAGCAGCCUCCUGCAGGGCCUGAGUUUCAGCCUCCAGGAAAUGGCCACGAGGUCCCCCAGCCUGCCCUCCACAGCGGCCAGUGGCCUGAGCAGCGGCACUCAGGUCACCUACACCUGGAACCGGCCGGCCACCUCAGCUGCUCAGGGUCCCGGGGGGAAGACAUCACAGACCCAGAUCCUGGGCUCCAUCGGUGGGGCCGGCGCCGGCGGCAGCGCCUUAGUGCGGGCAGUACCCGUGGUGUCCACAGGCGGCGCCAGCGCCACCAAGUCCACCGCCAUACAUCAGCUACUGACCAACGGCGGGCUGGCCAAGCUGGGCCUGGCGCACAUCUCCAACCAGAGUGCCGCUGGCCUGAAGUCUCCCACCACCAUCACGGUGACCCUGCGAGGGCAGCCCAGCCGGCUCGCUACCCUCAGCCAAGCCGGGGCGGGAGUGACACUGGCCAAGCCCUCUGACUCCCAGUGACCUGGAGUUCUGGCCCACUGCUUGGACUGGGCUCCUCGUUGAAGGCAUGGCCUGGUGAGACCCCCCACAGCGCAGAUACGGCGAGUGGGAGAGGCACCAGAUGACCCCCAUCAAAGAUGAAUGGAGUGGGGUUUCACAACCCCGAUGUGUCGCAAAGCCCCCUCUGAGAUACUGGGAAGAGUCACCUUAGUCCUUCAAGAUGAAGGCACUGCCAACUGACCUCCUUGGACUGCCGACUUCCCUCUUUCGGGCAAAACUGUGGCCACUUGUCUCAAAGGACCCCAGCUGCCACCAUUAAACCUGUUUGCUGGAGGGCAAUCUCAAGGAGCUCCAUGUAGCUCUAUACCUACUGUAGCCUUACACAUUUGAAAGUGCCCCUUUCCCCCUUCUUAGGUUGGGUUUCGGGGUGGUGGUGGGGGGGGGGGGGGGGGGGGAGUGUAGAUGCUUCAGUUGUGUGAUCAGCAUACUUAGCUUUUAUUUUCAGAAUGCAAAAAAAACAUGUAAAUAAAGGCAAGGUUAUCCCCCCAAAAAUGUCAAUACCCAACUACUGUGGAUAUGUCCGUUGUUUUGAAUAGAAAAAAUUAAAUUCUGUUCAAUUUAAUUUAUUUUUAUAUAGCACCUUU